GUAACUAAUAUGUUUGUAAAAAAAGAUUGUACUGGUGGACUGUAGUGUAGUCAGUAGAUUACGAAUAUCGUGUCACUGAAGCUGCAAGACAAACAAGACUGAAAGACAGUUACAACCUAAUAAUCAUGCCUUUAGAUGAGGAGAUCCAAAAGCAGUACUCUGUAGACUUAUGGUCUCAUCGUUAUCCGCCAGAAAAAGCUCUGCUAACUGUUAUCAGUGAAGGAGCUAAAGCAAGUGAAAAGUUGAAGCAAGAGAUUCCUUGUCAAUUAGGGAUUAGUUAUGGACUUAAUCAACGAGAAAAGCUUGAUAUAUUUGGAGCAGAUAAAGUUCCUGCAGAUGCUCCUAUUUUAGUAAUUAUCCACGGAGGUGGAUGGAUUAUGGGACGCCGAGAAGAUACAAGUUUUGUGGUUCCACCUUUCAUUGAUGCGGGAAUGUUGUGUAUUGUUCCAGGCUAUAGUCUUGCUCCUAAAGCAACCCUCGAUGAUAUUGUGGCAGAUGUCUGUAGAGCUAUAGCACAUGUUAUUGAUAUGGCAAAGUCUCGAGGUUCGAGAGGUAUCUAUGUGGCUGGACACUCAGCUGGAGCCCACCUUGCUGCCAUGGCAGCAUCUUCACCCCUGAUGACCAAUCCUGACCUUGCAAAAUGGAUUAAAGGUUUUGUACUUGUAUCAGGUGUCUUUGAUAUGCAUCCCAUUAUGAAGACAACUUGGGCAGAACUGGGGAAUUUUACUGAAGAUGCUGUUCAAAGAAACAGUCCAAUGUUUUUGGUAGAAGAAGUUUCGAGACACCUUCAACAUUGCAGAUUUCUAGUUGCUGUAUCACAGUACGACUCCCCAGAAUUUCAUAGGCAAUCUAAAGAGUAUCAUGAGCAACUCCUGAGUGUGAACUUAUCAUCCAAGUACGUAGAGAUUCCAGAUAGUGACCAUUUAACAAUCUGUUUGGAUUUGUGCAUUCCAGAAUUUACCAUGACCAAGGAAAUCAUAAACUUUGUAAACGAGUCAUAAAUUAAUUAAAGAGAAAACCAUAAUAUGUUAUGAUGAAGGUACUACUUCAAAUUUUUGGCUGUCCUUUCACUCAAAUAAGAAGAAAUCAGUUUAUGUUUAAUUAUAAGUUGUGUUUGUGAUUUAUUGUGCUAACAUUUGUGCUCUAAUUUUUACAUUGAAUUAGAAGUUCAUAUUGCCAAAAAGAUAAACACUGUUAAUUUCUGUCUGAAAGUAAAAAUACGAAGUUUGAUCAUUCGAAGGAAGUUAUAGCAAUAGUCAUAAAAUGUGGUAAAAAUAAGUAAAACAGUAACAUUAUUUUCCCAGUAAACUGUUUGGUUAGAAAGUUAUAAAUAAUAAUAAAGUAAACCAUAGCUCACUAUAAUUCCUUUUCUUUAAGUUCAGUUAGUAUAAACCUUUAGAUAUCUAAAUACCAAAGUGGUUGGAGAAAUUAUAGAUAAGUGUUUGAAGAAACAAUUUAUAUUUUAUAUAAUACUUGGGCUUAUUGUUCUUAAAAACACUUGUGAAAUAUUAAAAGUAUUUUCAGUAUGUAAAUAUUGCAAUUUAUAAUUCAGAAAAUAUUUGUAUGUCACAUGAUAUUUAAAUCAUAAUCAGAUAACAUCAGAAUUUAUGUAAUAAUAACAUGAUCUCAAUUUCUUCAGUUUCUUAACGUGCAAAGUAUUUUAAGCUAUAAUUUCAGGAUUCUGAGAACAUUUCUGAUGUUUUUCCUCAGUUGAAUAAAUUUUUUAAUGCAAUUUUAAAAGAUAAAUUUUAAGCAGUACUUGAAAUACAGUCAACUUGAAAGUUUAAGUAAAUAAAAGAUAAACAAAGUAAGUUCAAGAGAUUUCUUUGAUCAUUAGAUUCUAAAUUAAAUGAAUCAUCAUUUUCAUAUGAAUACUCAAUUUUUUUGCCAAGUAUCGUUAUGAUUGUUUAUUCUUGCAAAGAAAAUCUAUGCACUCUGUUGAAUUCAGAAUGAAACAUUCCCUAAGCUUUGCAUUCUGUUGACUUCCGUUUACAUAAUUUCCUAAGCUUUGCACUCCACUGACUUUGGUAUACAAUAUUUUCUAAGUUGAGUAAACACAGAUUGUGAAAAUUUGAUGCGUGUUAUUUCUCAAGUUAUCAGCUCUCUAAAUGCAGAAGAGUUCCUAAUAUUAAAACAAAAGGAAUUUUAGGAUUUAUCCAUUAUACUAAACUUUCUGUUUGUACUUUUGUUCCAAGAACCUUUUUUCCCAAAGAAUUUAUUAUUUACGAAUAAAGCAGACUAAAAAACCUCUAUUCAUUACCUGCAUAUUAAAAUAUGCUCGUAUAAACUUUAAAGACUAAUACCCAAAGUUUUUGUUUCAAUUUAACCUGGCAUAUUUAUACAUAAAUAAUUUUAUUUAAGAAAAAAAUGUUUGUGGACACUAAACUUUAGAAAACUGGAAGUGGUAAAUAUCACAUUUUCAAAAAUUUAAAUUUUUGUUAGUUACUCUUAAUAAAAAAACAAAGAUGCUUGUCUCCAGAUAAGAUUUAUUUCAGAAUAUUACUGAUGAGACUGAAUACCAUGUAUUUUAAUUAACCUUAUAUAUUACAAUGUUAAAUUAAAAUUAAGUUUCACAGACUUUUAUAUUAAAAAUCAAAUCUGGUAGCUUUAAAUAUUUUCAAACAGUUUCUGUAGGAUAUUUCUUAUUUUGCUUAUUUUAAUUGUAUUUUGAUAGGUUAAGUUUUGAUUAUCAGGGUGUUUUCCUAUUACAUAUUUUUUCUUUUGUGUAUUUUUAUCUGCUUUAUUUAGACAUUGCAUGAUUCUGUUGGAGGAGGGAGGGAAUCUUUUAAUGAAAUAAUGUAUAUCACAAGUUAACAACCAGACUAUUUGUCGUAGAGUCUAAGAAAUGAGUUAGAAUCACAUACCUACACUUGAGGAAAAUGGUAACUAUUCAAACUAAACCUAUGUCAAUACAUUAGGGAAAGUCGGUAUCCAGUCUGACCAUCCACACACACAGGUUACAGAUAUUAUAGUAUCCAGUCUGACCAUCCACACACACAGGUUACAGAUAUUAUAGUAUCCAGUCUGACCAUCCACACACACAGGUUACAGAUAGUACAGUAUCAAGUCUGACCAUCCAUACACACAGGUUACAGAUAUUAUAGUAUCCAGUCUGACCAUCCACACACACAGGUUACAGAUAGUACAGUAUCAAGUCUGACCAUCCACACACACAGGUUACAGAUUGUAUAGUAUCAAGUCUGACCAUCCACACACACAGGUUACAGAUAGUACAGUAUCCAGUCUGACCAUCCAUACACACACAGGUUACAAAUAGUACAGUAUCCAGACUAACCAUCCAUACACUCAGGUUACAGAUAGUACAGUAUCCAGUCUGACCAUCCAUACACACAGGUUACAGAUAGUACAGUAUCAAGUCUGACCAUCCACACACACAGGUUACAGAUAGUACAGUAUCAAGUUUGACCAUCCACACACACAGGUUACAGAUAGUAAUAACUGGAUACUGUACUAUCUGUAACCUGUGUGUGGUGACCAUUCACACAUAAAUUAGAAAUAGUAGAGUAUCCAAACAGAACAUUAAUCAAUAUACAGGUUACACAGUUGCAGUCUACUGCUCCAAAAUCUUGAUAUGUGAUCUUAAAUUUGCUAAUGAGCAGAUUACCAAACUCUAAUUAGAAUCAUUGAUUGAUAAAGUGUAGACAGUUGCUUAAUCCCUGAGAAAGUAUCACAUGACCAACAUGUAGAAGUUAAGCAUGCCAGUUCACUAACAUGAAAUGUUUUGUACCCUGACUAAGCCUACUAUAAAGCACGAAAUUGAUGAGGACCAGUGUAUUCCAAGGUUUUCUAAAGCCAUUUUGAUUCACUCAUAUAGUACAAAGUAUGAAAGUUUGUAUCUAAACAUUUUCACAUUAGAAACAAUAUUGUUGGAACUUCUGAAAACAACAAACUACAUUUGCACUGUAACAAUCAUCACACACACACAGUUUUUUUUUCUUUUCUUACUUUCAAAAUAUAAACUUGUAGGUGUUAUGGAGUUUAGCCUAAUCCCCCCCCCC